AUGCCCCCCGAAGCCCUAGUCCCCGCUCACCCCGGCUGGCGCGAUGCCUUCGAGGAGGCUGCCGCGGACGUCUACCCAAGCGGCGCGGUGGUCGGGGCGACCCUGAUGUCACCCCGGGCCAUCGGGAACAACCCCUCCCCCUUUGCCGACACCCCCGUCGCCGACACGGCCGACCCCGCCCCGGGCCUGGUCGGCUGGCCGGCCUACCGCGCCGAGCUCGCAAGCAUCGCCUCCCUGGCGGUGCCCCUGUCGCUGAGCAACCUGAUGGGCCUAGUGAUCAGCCUGGUGGCCAUCGGCUUCGUCGGCCGCCUGGGCGCCUUUGAGCUGAGCGUGGUGGUGACCAGCACCUCCAUAUUCAACGUCUCCGGCCUGUCGGUGCUCACCGGCUUCGCCUCGGCCAUGGAGACGCUGACGGGGCAGGCCUACGGCGCGGGGCACUACUCCCACGUCGGGGUGGUGCUCCAGCGCGCCCUCCUGCUCACCACGCUGCUCACCGCCGCGUUGGGCGUGCUGUGGACCGGCGCCGACCGCGCGCUGAUCGCGCUGGGCCAGGACCCCGACAUCUCCCGCUCCGCGCGCUACUACCUGCUCACCUCCCUGGGCGCGCUGUGGUGCCAGGGCGUGUUUGAGAACCUGAAGCGUUACCUGAUGGCCCAGGGCGUGGCCGCGCCGGUCACCGCCGCCACGCUGGUGGGCGUGGUCGCUGCCCCCGCCUUCAACUGGCUCUUCAUCUACCGCUGCGACAUGCGCCUGCUCGGCGCCGCGCUGGCCAUGGACGCGGUGGGCCUUGUCAUGGUGGCCACGCUGGCGGGCGCCGUCGUCGCGCGCGACCGGCGCCUGGCCGGCACCCGGCGCGCCACCUGGGCGGGCCUGUCGCGCGAGGCGCUGGGCGGCUGGGGCGAGUAUGUGCGCUACGCGCUGCCCUCCGUCCUCAUGAUCUGCUGCGAGUGGUGGACCUUCGAGGCCGUCAUCCUGCUGUCCGGCCUCCUCCCCGACCCCCCCACCUCCCUCUCCGCCAUGGGCAUCGCUGUGGACACAUCCGGCGCGCAGUUCAUGCUCAUCUCCGGCGUGGGCAUGGCCCUGUCCAGCCGCUGCGCCAUCGCGGCCGCCAUCGCGCUCAACCGCGAGCGCUGGGCGCGCGUGUUCACUGACGUGCCCGCCGUGGUGGCCGCCACCGUGGACCUGCUCCUGCUGGUCGUUGCCACGCUGCCGGGGGAUGGGACCAAUGCCACGCUCCAGGGCUUGUUGCGCGGGGCAGGGAGGCAGGAGAUCGGGGCCGUGGCCAACAUCUGCAGCUACUGGGGCAUCGGCAUCCCGAUGGCAGCCUUCCUGGGCAUCAAGCGCAACCUGGGGCUGAGGGGCCUGUGGUGGGGACUGGUCAUCGUCAACCUCCUGCAGGGCUGCGUCAUGCUUGGAAUCGCCAGCACGAUCAAUCUGUCGGAGGCCGCAGACAAAGCGGCUGCCAGGUUUGAGCAGCGCAGGAGUCUCACCCAGGCCCAGGGCGAGGAGCCUCUUCUGGCGGCAGAUCGCUUGGAAGCAGGGCCCGCCGCAGGCGAGGUUUGA